GAUGAUUUGGUCUGGAAACACUGAUCUCUUACCACAUCUUACAGUGGUCUGGUGUUCACAGCUUUACGAUUCAUGAAGGCUAGUUCUUCUUUUAUUAGCAAGAGAGCCAGGGCCCUCUGUUCUCAGAGACACUGCAGUGUUUCUUCCAUGCUCUCAAGUCACUUCACAUUCACCUUCUGCUGCCACUUUUGGUGUAUUGAUAACAGGCCUCAUGACUGGUGGGCUUGAUCUCCCAAGCAUGCAUCACAGUGACCCACCUGUAUCUCUGGAGGAGGAUUGCCUUGUGUUAUUGCACCAGGUGUGAGCAGAAGUUUUCUUCAGCCCCUAAUUGUCUGAGCUGUGAAAGUCUCUGAAAAAGUUCCCACAAAAAAAGCUUUUCCUUUAGCUUCUUCAUUUCCCCCCUCUAGGAUUAUUCUCCCCCUCCCCAAGUCACUAGUGCAUCAUUAGCACCUACAUGCAAGGCUCAGCCUCAGAGCUGUCUGUUGUGACGGAUAAUUCAACCUCCUAUCACCCAGCUUUCCUUCUCCAGCAGUGGGGACCUCUGCUCCCAAGAGUGUCCUUGAUGUCAGCAGAUGUGUGACCCUCCUCUAGUGGGGAGGUUCUGCCUCUGCAGAGGUUCUGCUCUGCAUUUUGAUGCCCUUCUGCUGUGUGACUUUGUGCAGGUCAGCACAGAGCUGCCAGCUCAUGAGUUGGACUGACCUGAGAUGUCAAAUCAAUGUGUCCUUUGUGUCCUUGAGAGCCUCUAGUUUGCCCACUUUGGCCUGAAGAGAGACAAGAUCUCUUAGUGCAGAAUAAUAUCCCAAGAGUUUGAGCUGUGGCAGCCAAGUGAUGAUGUUUAGGCUGCCAGAGGUGUAGGUGGAAAACAGCCUACACAUUAUCAUCAAACCCUGAAAUAUGCAAAAUAAAAUGAGAAUGUUGCAAAAAAAAUGAAUAUUUUGUCUGGUCCAUCCUGCAGCCAACUUCCCACUUACUGUGUCAGGUCACUCAUUUUGGGGGGGCCUCCAAAGCUGGGCCUUCUGAAACCUCCUAUGUCCCCAGCAUCUAUGUUCAGCAGGUCCAAAGGACCUUGCUAGCACAAAAAUGAUGAUCAAACUGUUAAAAUUCUUACACACUAAGUCUGUGUCUACAGGAGCCCUUGAACAGACUAUCAGGCUGCUAUAAGCAUUUUCCCAGUAUUACUGUUUCCCUGAGGACAGGUAUAGCCUGUAUUGGCAAAGGUAAGCAAUAUCUGCGUCUCCACAAGGAGGGAUGCCAAUUUAAUCAUAGUAGAGCUACACCAGCAAAUUUUUGUUUUCAGCACAGACCUGGUUCAAUUCCUCCUUUUCUUUCUUGCUAGCCUGUGUCUCAGACCCUGAGCUUUGCAGUCCCACAGAAGUCAACUUCUCCUGCCUGCUUUCCCACAGCACCUCAGGCAUCUCCAGCAGCUUCACAGCUCCUGUGGGGGCCCCACUCACCACUGGCCCCCAGCUGCAGGGACACACUCUUCCCCACCCCCAUAAGCACAGUGCAGCUGUGUGACCAGCCUACAAGUGCAGCAGCCAUGAUCUCACUCUCUCUCUAUUUGCUAUUUAAAAAUGCAGUGGGAAUUUCAUGGGAAUGUCUUCAGACUAAGUUGCCCUCAAGUUCUCAAUAGUGCCAAAAUGCCAUUUGAAAAUUAGCGCAGUGUUGCUCUGGGUGGGAUGCUCACCGUUGGCUUGCAUGGGGUCAUUAAUAAGCUGAAUGGAUUAAUUCCUUACCAUAGCAGACAUUUGCUCCCUGGUGCGACAUGAGCCCCAAACCACUCUGUUAGUGGCAAAAUCCACCAAUCUGUCAAGUCUUGCGCCCCUAGUUAUAGGGUCUGAAGAAUCUGGGCAGCUCAACCCUCAGGAUUUGCAUCCACAUGGGAUUGUUUCUAUUCUGGAAUAACAGGACAGUAAAAGAUUCCUUGGGAGCAGUGCCACAUUGCAGCAAUUGCUGAUACACAGGAGCUGUUCUGUGCCACCAUGCCAAAUGACAUACCCCAAAGCAGUGGCUGAUAGAAGCUGAUCUAGCAGGACUGACCUCUAGAGCACGGCUUGUUUAUUCAGAGUACUCAUGCUGGCUGAGGAGCAGGGCUCUACUUGUUCUUGAGGUCUCUGAACCUAUGCUGUUUGUAUUCCGCUGGUGGAUCUGUGCAUCUGCAGGAGACACACCUGAUAUUCUUGCACAGCUUUGACCAGUCUACUAUGUGUUCAGGAUAGAGAAGAAACAGAAAGUCUGCAAAAUCGGCCCAGACAAAGCUGCUGGGGCAAAAAAAGAGAAAACAUCUGGGCAAACCCAGAGAAUGGCAGCCUUACAGCUCAGGCUGACCCAAAUGUCUGUACCCUCCCAACUGGAAGCAGAGACAGCUCAACAUCCAGCAUUGGCAAAGGAACUUUGCUCUCUCAAUGCUCCACACUGACUCAAGUCCCCCCCCUGCCACUUUCCAUCCACACUCUUGCAGGAUAUCGGGAGUACCAGAGGGCAGAGUAGAACCAAUAAAACCUUACGUGCCCAGGGCAGCGGGAGGCAGCGUCGGGAGAACAGGGUUCACCGGUGCAGCUGUGAUCCAGCGGCGCGCACAGGCCGUACCUGGGGCCCACAACUACAGCGCUGCCAAAAGAUCCCCGAGGCGAGAGCAGGAUGUGACCGGCCUGACCACGGUUUUCCUCACAAAAGAGGUCAUGACCACUGAUUUUUGCCAUUGACCUGUAGCUUAAAUAAGGCUUCAGCGGCUCCAAAACUGAUGUCCCGGCUCCGCUUCCACUCUCCUUCUUUCCAUUCCUCGGGCCGGAGUUCCGCGACGACAGGGCUCGGCGGGCUAGGUCGGGCUCCGUAGCGAACGCACCCGCCACCAGGGGCUGCCCUCAACCCGCGGCUCCACCACUACCGCCGACCUCGCCGGUCCCGGCCAGUCCCGCCCCGCCCCGCCCCGUCCCGUCCCGUCCCGACACAGCAGCCCCCAGCAGAGGGACCUGGGGAGCGGCCGGGGGUCCCGGGUCGGGCCGCACCACCCCCGGGCGGGGCCGGGCCGGGCCGGGAUCGGAUUUCACAUCCUGCCCCGCUCGCGGGCAGAGCGGCCAUGGCGGAGAGCUCAGACUGGGUGGAGAUCAUCGAGCCCCGCUCCCAGGAGCGGAUGUAUGUGAACCUGACCACCGGGGAGUGCAGCUGGGAGCCCCCUCCCAACCUGAAGGUGCGCCAGUCAGACCAGAAGCAGUGGUGGGAACUCUUCGACCAGAACAACAAUCGCUUCUACUACUACAAUGCCAUCACACAGCAGACAGUGUGGCACCGGCCCCAGGGCUGUGACAUUGUGCCCUUAGCACAGCUCCAGGCCAUGAAGGGCAGCUCCCAGCCUGACUGCUGUGGCCGGGAGCACCGAGGCAGCACUGGCAGCGGUGGCAGAAGCACCCCCAUCCAAAUGGCUGUCUUGCAGGAGAUGGAGAAGGGCAAGAGGAGCAGUGCAGCAGAGAAGAGGAAAGAUCCUGCCAGGGAGACUCCUACCCACUGGCAGCCUCUGCCAGGCACGAAAGCAGCCAUGUUGGUCAAAGUGAACAGUUUGAGGCAGAUGCAGAACUUUUCAAACAGUUCUCUUCAGCUGCAGGGUACUCCAAAGCCCAACAGCCCAAAAUCUCUUCCCAAACCAGCUAUAUAUGCUCAACCUCAAUCCACAUCCCAGAGCCCUGGAGCCACAAAGCAAUUGCCUGCUGGAGAAACAAAGUCUAUGCAGAUCAAAAAGACAGAGAGUGGUGGGUUUUGCCUGGUGAUGAUGAAUGGUCCUACUUCUCAAACACCUCCAAGAAGCCAGACAGGAACCUCCCAGCCUGCAUCCCCCACAUAUGCCUCUCCCACACCUAUAUAUGAUGAGCCAUCUUUAGAGUUGCCAAUUUAUGACGAGCCACCAGUAGAUAUGGACACUGAAAUCAUUUGUGUGAGUGGGAUGUCUCCACCAAGGUCACCAAGCAAUAGCUUAAAAAAGCAGUUGCAACCAACCAAAUUAUUGCAGCAUCCCAGUAUGCAACAACAGCAAGCUGCAAAGAAGCAUGCAAGAAAUCCCUCUUGCACUGAAUACAGCCCAGCUGGCAGAGAAUACAUAAAACAUAUGGUUAACAUUGACCAAUCUGCCAAGCUCUCCCACUCUUCUGCUGCAACAACAGAUACCUCCACUAAACUGCCUGGUCAGCUUGCUUCAAAGGACAGCUUCAAGGAGUCUUGGAAGAUCUUGGAAGCCAAUGUGCUCAAGAACAUGGAACUCCACCACAGUCGGCAGAACAGCCUGCAGACUCAGGAGUACCCAACCGGCCAUCAGGAUUCUGGUUAUUCAACUGGCCCUUCUCCAAGCUUGAGAAAAAGGAAAGGAAGGAGGCAAGGAACAGGUCAAGCAAGACCUGGCUCUGUGGGCAGCAGCAGUGAGCUCACAGCUCUGAAUGAUAAAGUGAUCGCUGAGAUGCGUGCUGUGGUGGGCAGGUCAGCAGCUUGCAGGGGAAGCAAAGCCAGCCUGGAUGCUGAGAGCCUGGAGAACAGUGUUCCAGCAGAGAGCAGCAAGGUCAGGUUUCAGUCUGACCACUUGAAAAAAUGCAUCAGCCAGAGCUCCAGGGAUGAUGUCGCAGCCAGCAACAGGUCUCUGUACAGACAGGACCUGGAGAUUAGGGAAUUCUUUCCCAGCAGUGUGGCUGCUCCCCAGGACACAAUGAGGCAGAAGAGAACUUUUGAGAAAAUAGAUUCUUUAGAAAAGAAUGUCACCAGUCAGACAAGCUUGGCUUUGUCAGGUGCUACACGCCAUUCCUCACAGCCUGAGACUGUAGAGCUGGAGCCCAAGCAGGAGGGUAGCAGCCAGUGUGAUGGCUGUGUGGGAUGCCAUUUCCCUUACAACACCCUAGGGAAGCCCAUCUCUCAGAGCAGCAUGGCGGACUGGGCUUCCAAAAACCUGAACAUGCACACACAAGGCAUCUUCCGACGAAGGAUCUCCAUCUCCAACAUGCUGUCCUGGAAUGGUGGCUCUAUUAAAAAGCCAAUGCUUAUCACUAGCAACCGGACCAUCAAAAAAGAGGCAUGCGAGAUGUUCAAACUGGUGCAGAGCUACAUGGGAGAUCGUCAGACUCGCAUGGACCGCAAUCACGUGGCAUUGGUAAUGGUCACCAAGUGCUGGAGCAUGCAAGGCUUGCGGGAUGAGCUCUACAUACAGCUGAUCCGGCAGACAACAGAUAACAUGUGCUACCGAAGCCUGGCAUGGGGCUGGGAACUGAUGGCCAUCAGUCUGGCCUUUUUUUCCCCAUCACCUAAAUUUCAGUCUUACCUGGAAGGUUACAUUUACCGCCACCUUGACAGUGAUGAAAAGAUUGCCCAGCACAUCAAGGAGCUUGUGGAUCUGAAAAACAAGAAGAUCACAAAAUCCAGGAAAAAGAGGAAACAAAACACAGAGGAUGAAGGUCUGCCAAUUAGCACCUACGCCAAGUACUGCUACCGGAAACUCCAUAAAGUAGCCGUCACUGGAGGCAAAAAGGGACUCCGUAAACCAACAGUGGAAGAGAUAACACAUGCCAGGAAUGCCAUCCUCACGCCAUCGCUCUUCGGCAGCUCCUUGGAGGAAAUCAUGCUGCGGCAGCAGGACAUGUACCCAGGGAACAAGCUCCCCUGGGUGCAGACCCAGCUAUCACAGCAGGUCCUGGCCCUGGGAGGGGAACAGACUGAGGGGAUUUUCAGGAUACCAGGUGACAUAGAUGAAGUCAAUGCAUUGAAAUUGCAGGUGGAUCAGUGGAGAAUCCCAAACAAUCUCAGUGACCCCAACAUACCAGCCUCUCUCCUCAAGCUGUGGUAUCGGGAGCUGGAGGAGCCUGUGAUCCCUCAGCAGUUCUACAAAGAGUGUAUCAGCAACUAUGAGAACCCUGAUGCUGCCGUGGCUGUGGUGCAGCUUUUGCCAGAGCUCAACAGACUGGUGCUGUGUUACCUCAUACACUUCCUGCAGAUCUUUGCUCAGCCAUCAAAUGUGGGCAGAACAAAGAUGGAUGUGAAUAACCUGGCUAUGGUGAUGGCCCCCAACUGCCUGCGCUGCCAGUCCGACGACCCUCGCGUUAUCUUUGAGAACACACGCAAAGAAAUGUCUUUUCUCCGCAUGCUGAUAGUACACUUGGACACGAGCUUCAUCAAAGGGCUAGUUUGAGCCACUGGCCCCAUGGUGCAAAACAUUGCUCUGAGGAGUUGCUAGAUUAAGUCUUCUCCUUUCCACGUAGGUUUCCUCCAUUGUCCUUGCUGUUGUCAUGCCCUGGGUUAGCCCUUCAGCAAUCUCCCAAUAUAUGAUCACAAGGACUGGACAUUUCUGGAAUAGUUCUGUCAGCACCAGGAAAUCCUUGGGCAUGCCAGGUCAGGUUUAGCAGUUCCUGGCCUUUCAGUGUGUGUCAGAGAGGCACAAUCCUCUUCCUGAGAGCCACAAGAUUAGGUGCUCAAUGAAAGGGUUGUGACAUGUGCGAGGAACUGCUAUAUGGGGCAGUGAUACUUUCCAUUUCCCUUUUGGAGGCAGAGUUGGCUUGAGGUAGGAGAACAUCACUCCUGUGCUGUGGCAAGGUCUGAUCCAAGGGAAGAUGCUGCAUCAUCAGGAAUAAUCCUACUACUAUGCAGCCAGCCUUGUUCACCUCUGCAGACUGUUGGCUGGAGGUGUCAGGGUUGUUCUGACAUCCCACAGUGUUGGUAGAGAGCUGUGAAGGUGUAGAGGUUCAAGAACUACAGAGCUGUGCAGCAGCAUGUGAGACCAGCCCUGUGCUGAGUACCCACCCACACCAUGAUGCUGGGCACAACAGGAAGGCCACACACCUGACAACAAACAGGUAAACAACCACUUUGGCAUCCUCUUAAUGAGGGCCAUAUCUUCUGGAGCAGUGACCCCAGUGGCCUUGCAGCUCCUGUUUGCUACAGACAGCAUGAGCUGACAUCAGCUUUGCUGAGGAGCACCUGAGCCCAUGCUCAGAGCAGCCUUCACAACUCCAGCUCCUCGCACCCCCCUUCCUAAUACCACAUCCUUCCCAGACCACUCUGCCAGGAACUAAAUACCAGUUUGACCCACCCUUCUGGCUCAGCUCACGUCUUAAAGAAAGCCCCCAACAGUCAGAAGUGCUCCUGUGCUCAGGUACACCCUUCCAGGCAGAGCAGCCAGCAGUGCUGUGUGCUUGAAAAAUGCUGGUACUGCCUGUAGUCAACUGUGGUGUCUAUGCUCUUCCUUUGAGGUGUUUUCCUUGCUGGAGGCAGGUCUGCUGCAAAAAAGUGUGUUUUGGGAUUACUGAUGCAGUGCAAAGUCUGCCAGUAUCAUGCAAGGGUGCAUUUGUGUUUCUGUAUCCCCCUCCCUUUCCAUUGGGGACCUGGGAUCAUCCUCUCCAGACUGCAGUGAGGAGCUGAGCCCUGCUGACAAUGAGGUUUAGAGCUGAUGCCUGAAUCAGUACCAGCGUGGGCGUGAGGUGCCAUGUGCAGAGUCUUUCUAAGAGGGUUCCCAGAGCCUAUGUUCAGAUGAGUGUGAAUGAACUCCAGAGCAGGAAUUCAGUUUCUGCCCAGCUGAAUAAAGGUUCCUCAUACCAGAUGAUUCUGUGGUCCUGUGGGCCAGGAAAUCUUGCUCCCUUGUCAAGAUUAGCUUUGUCAAGUUUGCCCACAGAACAUGCCAGCAUCUGUUUCACGUACACACCCAUCUCCAUGCUUUGAUGCCACUCAGCUUGCUCUGUCCUUCUGUAGUGCUGAGCAACUUGUUCUUCAGAUGUGAAGCUACUGCCCCAGAAGUGUAGAGAUGGGCAGAAGUUACCAGCUCUGACAUGCUAUCCUGAGAUUUGAAUCACUGAACAAGCUCAGGCUGUCCUGUUGCCUGCCAAGGGCUGGAGCAGCCAUGUGGGACCUGCCCUCCUCUUCAGGCUGUGGGUGCCUGUGUGUGUGUAUCAGGCUUUGCCUGCAGCCACUGCAGUGGUGAUCUAUGUUACUUCUUGCACUCAGCCAGUGGCAGUCAAUCAAACCUUAGGCAUUUGCUGCUAAUAAAAGUGAAUGAUUCUGGCAAGGGUUGUAAAACAUGCUGAUAAAAGACACUGGAUAUUAUUGUCUUUGCCAACGGAUUUGUAAAUACCAAUCAGUAAAGUAGCUUUUCCUCUGUUCUAAUAGUAAUAAAUACAAUCUUUAUGGCUGUA